AUGGACUACUCGACGAUCCAGCAAGAUGAAGUCGAAGCGCUUGAAGCCAUCUUUGACGCCCCCGCGACAACCUCCGACGACGGCGUCGUAACGCUUGCACUGCCAUCGGUCGGCACGUUUGCGUUUGCCCGCUCUCCGACAUACCCGAUUGACAAGAUGUGCCCGCGCAUCUCGAUUUCGCGCCUGCACGACAAGUAUGCUACGCUAGCGCGCAUGCCUGAGGUCAUCGCUGCCAUGGAGGCGGCAGGUGCCGCGGCUGUCGCCCACGGCCAAGUGUGUCUCUUUGAGAUGGUCGACGCUGGCGUCGCCUCGCUUCGUGCCCAGCGCGACGCUGCCAAGGACAACAAACCGCCGCCACCAGCGCUCUCGCGUCGGUCGUCCAGUAACAGCAGCAAGCCGCCCGCGCCCGACAAGCCGAAGAAAAAAGCGCCCGCAGCGACGUCGCCGAAAGCAGAGAAGAAGUCGAUGCGCACAGCGACAGACGUCAUUCACCGCAUCAUGUGGGACGACAGCAUCACGCAAACCGAGGUCAUUGUCGGGUACCUCGAUCGCUUCAUCGGCACGGUCGAGCGCAACUUUGCAGCGUUCAAUUGGGCCGACAUUUCGACCUUGUCGCAGAACGAGACGGCGAUCCCGCAGCACCGGAUCCAGUACUUUCGAUGGCGCGACGAGAUCAUCUGGGACAAGCGCGUGCGCCUCGACCGCGUCUUUGGCUCGUCUGGCCACGAAGUGAUUGCGUUCUCGCCGUCGACGGCCGCCCCUGCACCGCCGUCUGCCCUCACCGCCGAGAGACCAGCCAAUGCUAC